UAAAUAUACUCAUACAUGAAUAUAUUAACACACUAACACACACACACACAUAUAUAUAUAUGCACACACAUCAUGUUCAAGCAGACAGUCACUGCUUUUUUACUGGUGUGGUCCUCACAAAUAGCCUUGAAUACCAAUGCUGAGGUCUUCUCAUCUGUUGUGAAACUGAAAGUUUUAGCCAAUCUAGAAUUGGUUUUAUUGAGUUCUCUCGGGAAAUUCAUUCAAAGUCAAAAUGGUAUUGAAUCUCGAGAUAUUGGUGGCCAAAAUAUGAACGAUAUUAUCAGAUUUGUUGUGGAAACUGAACACAAGUUGUCCCAAGAAGGCAGACAAGUAGGAAAUCCAGUGAAUAGUUAUCAGCUUGUUCACAGAUUCUUGUAUGAAUGGCGCCAAAUAAAGGACAUAUUAAAAAUGAUAUUAAGGACUGAACAUGUUACACCAGAGUCAGAAACAUUUGCAAACAAAUUUUUACACACUGCCAAAUUCAUACAAGACUCAGAAAUGUGGCCAGACACAGACGACCUUCAGGGGGCAUCACUUGGACUUCUACGGAUUGUAGAAAUAUACCAAGUACCACUGUAUCAACUGGCAAGAGGGAAUCUGCUGGGAAAGAGAACUAUGGCUUUAGAGACGACACAAUGUCUUAGCAUUGCUGAUGUGGCCCAGGACAUGGAAAUGGACUGGGAAGCUGUGAAAUGGUAUAAUUAUACCAUUAGCAUACUUGGUACAGACGCAGCAUCACAACAUUUACUCACUAAAGCCCAUAUGUCAAUGGCAGCUAUACUUUAUAAGCUUGGAAGACCAGAUCUAUCAGCUGAUUCUAUCCAACAGUUGAUUGUCAAGAAGAACGGGAGUGGUAUCCAUGACAAUCAGUUGCAGACAGAAUUACGGAAUUAUCUUCAGAAAUCUAGUAACAAACCAGUUUUGCAUCCAUUGAUUCGCCCACCACCAAAAUGGAUAGGUUACUAUAACUUUGAGAAAUUGUGCCGGGCUCAGUUACAGCCACAAAUCUCCAACAAUGUUGUCUGCUCAUUCCAUGAGAGACUUGUACCUUAUUUGAAUUUCAAACGAGAAAUACUACACUAUGACCCUCUGGUGGUUCUCUAUCAUGAUGUCGUCACAGAUUCAGAAAUGUCUUCUAUAAAGAAUACAACAAUUCGCAAGCUGACACGGUCAGAUGUUGGGGGCAAGGACUCCAAAGGAGCAACUAAAAGUAAUGCUAGGAUCAGCCAAAGCACAUGGCUUCCAGCUGAAGAUAAAAUGAGUGAAGUCUUGUGUCGACGGAUCAAACUGAUUACAGGAUUGCAGACUGAUUUCAAACUUAAAGACACCAACAGCGAGUUAUUUCAGGUGAUAAACUAUGGCAUUGGUGGCCUCCAUCUGCCACACCAUGAUUAUGUGAGUUACUACAGAAAAGCAAAAUUCGAAGACGUUCCACUUUUUCAAAAUUCUGGUGAUAGAAUUGCAACAGUUAUACUUUACCUAAGUGAUGUCCUAAUGGGAGGUGCAACAGUGUUCCGAAACUUAACAUCCAUGUACCAAUUGUAAAGGGUGCAGCAGCUGUGUGGUACAACUUACAUCGCAAUGGGACACCAGAUACACGUCUGCUCCAUGGAGGUUGCCCAGUUAUAUUUGGUGACAAAUGGAUAAGUACCAAAUGGAUUCGAGAAGCAGGACAAACAUUCAGAAGACCAUGUUUAUUAGAUCCCCAUUUGUAAACUGGGAAGUGACUUUGACACCAAAAGCUUGUGAAGAAUAUUGAAAAGCAGAGCACAUUUCUAGAAAGCAAUUUUUAUUAUAAUAUACUGAUGAUAAAUAGAAAAGAAAUAAUGUUUUUUUUUUUCAAGUUUCACUCUGAAGAGAUUCAGAUAAGAUUGAAAUACAUGCAACUAGUUUUUAUUAUCUUCAUUACUAAUAAAUAAAUCAACAAAUUGUGCUUCUACAGUUGAGUUUUAAUUAUUAUUCCCAUGAAGUAGCUAAAGUAAGCCAUCAUACCGAAUCCUCACAAAAAAAAAACAAAAAAAAAAUAACUAGACUAGAUUUCAUAGUGAAAAGAUAAUAAAAGAUCUCUUAAAGAAACUAACAACAACAAUAGUGUUCUGAUAAAAGAAAUACUGGAAGAUGACAAUUUGGAAACAACAUGGGAUGAAGUCUGAGGGAGAAAUGCUGUGUUAAGUAAAUAAAAUACAUUUAACUGUU